UGUGAGCCUAACAUAUUUUUUAAAACAAAAAUAUGUUCCACAUUUCAUACCUUUAAUGGCGUCAUAGAUAAUUCUCCAUAAAAAAUGCUUUAGUAAAACAAUACAAUAAUGGGUAGUUUUGAGGAAGUUUUUUGCUAAACACUGUUCGAAAUGCUUAGAUAAAGUUCUGUUGUCACAGAAAAAAAAAACUUUAUCAGGGACUCCACGAACGAGCAUUUCUUUACAUAUUUUCAAACGGUCAACAGUGACAGUAUUUGAAGGUUGACACAUUUAUAAACAGACAUAGUUGAUAUCGUAGAAUACUCCCUCUUUAAAGGGAAAUUUUGUUUUUUUUUUUUUUACAUCACGAAAUCGGCAUAUUUAGCUAAAAUUUAGAACCCUUUUAAUGUCCGUCUACAAUACAAAUUUACAUUCAGAAGCGCCACAGCUCCAUCACGCACUGUACGUGCGUAGGUUUGGCAAAAUUCUCCGAAUUUCAACACUGUACACCCGUCAUACGAUAGGCUCCUUCGGGGCUGGAGGGCCCUCAUCAGGGCCAAUGCAGUUCACACCUCCUCUUCGCAUCCCGUAUAUCCCUGCCCGAUGCGUGUAUCAAAUUACCACCCGAAAAAAAAAACAACCCAGUAGAAAGACGCAUGCAGCGUUGCCAGCGUCUUAAACAUUCCCGCUAGUGCACUGUACCGUGGAGCUAGUGCCCAAUUUUCGGGGGUGUUAGUUUCGUGGAUCCUCGUCUAUCCCAUCCUGGACGGUUUACGGGCGUCAGACCUUCAGUCUACUCCCGGUACGGACUUUGCGCUACUUUCGCCCCAAUACCGGGGCGUGUGUAGCAGCAGAACAUCGCUGAAGGAAUGCUACCAACGGCACUUGCAAGGUUUCGCAUCGUCUUUUGCCGGUGCCGGUGCAUGUUUCGGUUACCUUUUUGUUCUUGCCUUUUCUCCUUCGCAUCGUCCCUUUUGCUCAGUGCUGAGCCGAAUGUUUGUUUGCCGAAGGUAUUAUAAUUGUCAGCGAGUCAUUUACACUAAAUAGUGUGGCCCGCCCGCGGCCGUUUGGGUGCUUAAGUUUCGGUCUCUCCCUGGUCUCUCGAUUAGACCCUCAUCGGAGGAAACAAACGGCCAGUCCCGGCCCAACGUCCCAAGCUUUUUGGUCAGUUUGCUGCCAGCCGUUGAGCCGCACGGUAUGAUGUGUGAGUGAAGUGAACCGACCUAGCAGGACCGAAGGAAUCGAAAUCAUCACCCGGCGGGACACAAUUGCACCUCAAAGCGCAUAACCUCGCAUACCACAUCAAAAGCGAAAGCGUCGGCGUGCCGUCGACAUAACCACAACUUAAGUGGACAUAAUUGGUUUUAAUAUACUGUACUGGUUCAGUUGGGCGCAAAAGGAUUGCGGCGAGCCCACAUCACACGUACAAACACACAUACAGAGUGAGUUCCGACUGUUUGAUCUUGACUUGCGAAUUUAUUGUGACACACAUAUUGCGGCCGAGUCGGCCGAGACCGGCGGCGCCAACACUAAUCCUGUUAGUAGCACGUGCCGCGAUGAUCGGUCGACCCGCGCCGUUCUUUGGUUCGGCCCGCGGACUUAGUAGCGCUUUGGCACCUCGCUUGGAUGUGCAGCUUAAAGACUGCGGCGUCACUCGUUGGACAGAGUUGCCCUGUUGAGCAAUCAGGUUCUCACGGUAGUAUUAGUAGGUUCGCUUGCUUAAACCUUAACCAGUCGUGUCGUAGUUGUACCCGUAGAUGGAUAUUCCCCGUAGGAUGUUACCUUGCACCAACAAACCCUUCCUAUUGUUGCUUCUGUAAGGUAGACACAGUCUUCCCUAUCCCUGCGUUGUGUAUUUAGUGCUUGUGUAUGUGACAGUGUGUGUUUAGCUUCAACAAGCUACAGUCCUGCAGUGCCAAAGCCAUCCCCUGAAGAAGCUCCCAAAAGCAAACAGUUCACUUCAUAAAAAAAAACAUAAUACUUCCCCUCAAUACGAUGGCGACCAGUAAUCCGGCCUUUGAGAACGAUGAGCCCGUGCUGACGAGCGAUCGGACCUCACACACGGCAACCAAACCAAGCCUCGCCGCCGUCACCGCCAAGUCCAGUGCCAAGGUGAACCAGUUCCAGCAGCCACCGGAACAGACGACCGACAGCAACACCAGUCGGACCGGCGCACUGCCCGAGAUGAACCUGAUGAAGAACAUCCACAAGGUGCAGCGGGACAAGUGGGGCAAAGAUAUCGAGUUCCUGCUGUCCUGCAUCGCGCUCUCGGUCGGGCUGGGGAAUGUGUGGCGCUUUCCGUUCACGGCGCUGGAGAAUGGGGGCGGUGCGUUCGUCAUACCGUACCUGAUCGUGCUGCUGCUGGUCGGGCGUCCGAUCUACUAUCUGGAGAUGCUGAUCAGUCAGUUUUCGAGCCGGGGCUGUAUCAAUGUUUACGAUGCGUCGCCGGCCAUGCGAGGCAUUGGGGUGGGGCAAACCUACUCGACGUUCAUCGUGAUGACGUACUAUGCGUCGCUGAUGGCCGUUACGAUGCGGUACAUGAUCGCGUCGUUCGGUGAUCCGUUGCCGUGGAGCGAGUGUAACGACGCCUGGAACGCGACCUGCAUCGAUUCGCGGCUGAUCACGAACAUGGCGGAAAACUCGACGGCGACCGCCGUCUCCUCGGCCGAGCUGUACUUUGUCAAGGACGUUCUCAAGGAGGCCAGCACGAUACACGAUGGCAUCGGUACACCGGAUUGGCGGUUGGUGCUGUGCCUACUCGUCCCCUGGACCUGCAUCUGCCUUACACUUAUCAAAGGAAUUAAAAGCUCCGGAAAGGUUGCCUACUUCUUGGCCAUCUUCCCGUACGUCGUUAUGCUGGUGCUGCUCAUCCGGGCCUGCACACUGGAGGGUGCCGCCGACGGUAUGCUGUACUUCAUCAAACCGCAGUGGGAUCGCAUUCUGGAGGCGAAGGUGUGGUACGCGGCCGUUACGCAAGUGUUCUUUUCACUCACCAUUUGCUUCGGCAACGUGAUGAUGUACUCGUCCUACAAUCGCUUCCACAACAACGUGUACCGGGAUGUGACGAUCGUGUCGAUCAUGGAUACGCUCACGUCGAUGCUGGCCGGGCUGAUCGUCUUCGGCGUGAUUGGCCACCUCGCCCACGUGCUGGAGGCGCCCGAUAUUAAGCACGUGGUGCGGGGCGGUGCCGGCCUUGCCUUCAUCACCUACCCGGACGCGAUCGCCAAGUUCACCUUCUGGCCGCAGUUCUUCGCGAUCGCCUUCUUCCUGAUGCUGUUUGUGCUGGGCAUUGGCAGCAACGUCGGUAUGGCCACCACGAUAAUGACAGUGAUUCGGGAUCGGUUUCCCCAGCUUCAGCCCGCUCUGGUGGCGGUAGGGAUUGCGAUCGUUGGGUAUGGGAUUGGCAUCAUCUACACAACACCCGGCGGACAGUAUGUGCUGGACUUUUUGGACUUUUACGGCGCCUCGUUCGUUGCGCUCGUGCUGGCCGUCUUCGAGAUGUUCACUUUCGCUUGGAUCUAUGGGGUGAGCCGUAUCUGUCGGGAUAUUGAGUUUAUGCUGGGCAUUAAGACCGGCCUUUACUGGCGCAUUUGCUGGGGCUUUAUUACGCCGACGCUACUGGCCGCCAUUCUGCUGUACCACAUCGCAACGUACGAAACGUUCACUUUCAACGGUUACGUCUAUCCCGAUGGGAUGUAUGCCUUUGGAUGGUGUAUCUUUGCUGCCGGCGUGCUGCAACUGCCCGCCUGGGCGAUCUACACCUUCCUCAAGCGCAAGGAGCCGGACUGGCGCGAUCGUCUGCUGCACUGCUUCAAACCAACGCACGACUGGGGCCCGGAAGACCCCGAACUGAAUGCCAAGUAUCACGAGUCGGUGUACAAACACGAACAAUCACUGCCGCGGGAUCGUUCGCUAGUGCGAAGGAUGUUCGACAACGUGUUCAGUUGAAGUGAGACUUUGAAAUUUCCUUCUUUUUUUGUUUCGCAUUUAUUGCAUUUACCGCAUGGAUUUAUUUCGAUAGUUUCACAAAUAAAUAAUGCUACAAAGCAGAGCGUUUUAAGCCAAUAAGCAGGACAACAGUAUCUUAGCUACGAGGAAUAUCUUUUUAAUCAAUGCAUUUCGUUAGUAUUAUGAACGUCGAGAAUAAUUUAAGAUCGUACAUUUCUAGAAUAAAUUGAUGAGAGAUUCUUAUAUUACAUUUGAA